AUGGCUUCCGUGACCCCCUCCCCCACCAUCCUCGUACCCCACCUCCCACCAAAGACACUGGUCGGCAUCGACCUCAUUACCUUCACAUCAACGCCGAAUUUCCAUGGAAUCCGCGAUUUACCGACUGGAUGGCAUUUCCUCUACACAGGAGCAACAGAAAGUUUGUCGUUGAGAAGUGGCGGGUGGUUUUACGUCGGCGAUAUCAGCGCGGCCGGAUCCACGAACGAGGGUGCUCUGAUCCCAGCUCCGCGAGGGAAUCUAGGACGCGAUGUGAUUAUAUGGAAAUGGGAUACAGACACCGAAACGCUGGCUCCCCUACGUGCCGGUGACGACGCAGAUAAGCAGGAGGCAAUGCGCCAUAAGGCGAACUUGGCUGCCGUUUGGCAAAGUGGAGGAUUAUUCCGCUACCGCAGUCGCGUACCGCUUUCAUCUGAGGGCCGAGUUCAGUCGCGGGAUGUCGACGAUGACGAUUAUGAAGAGGAAGGUCGACAAGACUGGGAGGGCCUUACGAACCGGCUGUCUCCCAGGCUUUUGAAGCGUAUUAUUGGGAACCCUGAGAUAGAUGUCGACGGUCGGCCUCGAUGGAUGGUUACAUCGGCGAGUACGGCGCAGAAAGAUAGCGAGAAUAUACCCGGUAUUCCUGAACCGGGUCAGGACUCUGAUAGACUAGCGGAUGUCAUCGGGGAGCAGGAGAGCGAGUUUUCUUUCCUUCAUAUUGAUCUUAAGAAGACUUGGAGGGAAGGGGCUAUUGGACGUGAGAGGACAGAGGCUGCCCAGGACCGUUCGUGGGCGCUAGGAGAUCUCAUACAACAGGUUUCCAAUGUAGACCAGGGAACGAGCAAGAUUGAUGAGCAGCUUGGGGAAGCACAGGUCCUGGGUGAACUACAAUUUACCUUCUUGAUGGUCUUGACGUUGAUGAACUUCUCGUGUCUUCAGCAGUGGAAGAGGCUGCUGGGUUUGAUACUUACGUGUCAAAGAGCCAUAAAAGAGAGGGAGCAGUUCAUCAGUAACGUGCUACGGUUGCUAUUGCUACAGCUUCGGCGAUGCGAUGAUAUUGAAGGAGGGUUCUUUGAUCUCGACGGGGAAGAAGGUGGGGUGUUCCUACGAAAGCUGCUCAUGAAAUUUAGAACAUCACUCUAUGAGGUCAUUGAGGAUGCUGGGACCUUGGUGAAGGAAGAUUUUAAGGAGCUGGAGACUUGGGUGAAGAAUGAAUACGAUUGGGAGCUCAAUCAUGGGGCUUUUGUACGGCGAGGCAUGCUUCAGCUGGAGGAUGGAGAACAGGUUGAAAUGGACAUGCCUGACGAUGAAGACGAUGAGAUGGGAGAGUAUGCCCCUGCUGUGGUAGAUCUAGGCGAAGGCAACACAAUGUAA